AUGAGUUUUGAUCUUAAACAAUCUCUUAAUUUCGCUGAACUUAAACGUUCUAGAAAAAUACAACAGCAUAAUGAGAAUAGGAAAAAAAUACGUCGAGUAUAUUAUGAAUCAUCACUGAUUGAUAAUUUAUCGUUUCAUGUUAGUGAUGAAUUACCCAAUGUUGUUUCAACACUUGCACUUAAUAUGAAUACAAAUCCAGAAUCAACUAAUAAAAUAGUACAUGAUUGUUUAUCAAAAGUUUUAUUUGAAAAAGAUGCUCAAGAUGAAGAUAAUAUAAUCAAUCUUGAAGAAAUACAGAGCAAUGCCGUGAACUGUACUCAAGUCUUCAAAAAUUCAUUCAAUAAUUUGCAAUCAUCCAAUGAUUCACCCACCAUUGAUAAAAUUUUAUUACAUUGCUAUACCGAUAUGUCAAGAAAAGAGUUUUGCUCGACGUUAUUAAACAUACUAAGAGAUGCUCAUAUCUCUAAAUCACAUGCUAAUCGUCUUUUAUCUUUCAUCCGUUCUACAUUGCCGAUACCUAAUGCUGUACCAACAAGAAUAGAACAACUUUUAGAAUUCUUAGAAAUCGAUAAUUAUCUUCUGAAAAAAUAUAUGCUAUGUACAAUAUGUAACAAUAUUUUAUCUCAUUCGGAUACUUUUUGUGCAAAAUGUUUAUGUUCUGAUAGUAAAUGUUUCGCCAUAGUUUAUGAUAUGAACGUGGAACAAUUAAUUAAAAAGAUUUAUAUUCGUUUAAAAAUGGACAUUGAUGAAUAUCGUGAACAUCUUCGGACAAUGAAUGAUAGAGAUGAUAUGAAUGAUAUUGUUUUCAACAAAAUUUAUCAACAGUUAUUGAGAGAUAAUACGAAUAAAAAUUUUAUAACAUUUUUACUUCAUGUAGAUGGAAUAAGUCUUUCAGAAUCUUCCAACUUGAAGAUGUGGCUUUUUAGUGGAUCGAUAAUAGAACUAAGACCACAAUUGAGAAAUCGUCGCUACAAUAUGGUGCUGUUUUCAUUAUGGUUUAGUUAUACUGAACCAGAUACACAAAUUUGGUUAAUCAAUUGUAUAGAUUUAAUCAAAUUUAUCAAAAUGAAAGGUGUUAUAAUAGAUCACAAUCAUCGUAUUGAUCUCAAAUUUUUAUCUAUUACCGGUGAUAGUCCAGCUUUACGGAAUAUUCUUAAGUUUAUUGGACAUGGAGGUUAUUUCUGCUGUAAUUUCUGUUAUACACGUGGUCAACAUAUUGAAAGAAAACGACAAUAUUUUUAUGAAAAAAAAACGGUUCUUCGUUAUAGCUCAACAUAUAAUAAAGAAUCAGCAGCAGCUGAAAAAACGAAAAAAAUUAUAUAUGGACAUAAAGGUAUUUCUAUUUUACAAAAUAUACUUGAUACAAAAUUACCAGAAGCAAUAAUAAUCGAUUAUCAACAUGUCAGUUUACUAAGACAUACGAAAACAGUUCUUAGUACAAUUUACAAACAAUUUAAUCCUUCUCAUCGUCGAUUAAUUGAUAUUAAACUGAAAAAUCAAUGUUUUCCACAUUUUUUCAACCGACGUAUGAUACCUUUCAAGAAUUUAUCAUUUAUAAAGGCUAUUGAAUUACGUAAUAUUUUAUUGUAUGGAUUUUUACCUUUAUCAUAUGAAUUUAUGAAUCGUGAACAAUUAGCUCAUUUCGCUUUAUUCAUAUGUUCUUUUCGUUUAUAUCAUUCUCAACCUCCAAUGUUUGGUCGAGAAACCGUAAGAAUAGCAAAUCAAUUGUUCGAACAAUAUUAUAAAGAUCAUAAAAAAUUUUAUCGUCUUAUUCAAAAUUAUGUUCUUCAUUUACAUUCCCAUUAUGGUAAUCAAUAUGUUAAUUAUGGAUCAUUGGCAAAUAUUGGAUGUUUUUCUCAAGAAGAUCUUUUAGGUCAUAUUAGCUCUAAUACUCAUGGUACAAGAUUUUUUUGUGUAUCAUUGGAAAUGAAUCGAUCUCCUAGAAGAAAAACACAACCAAAAAAAUUUUCACCUACACAAUCUUCAAUAUAUUCUCCUCAAAAUUAUUUAUUACGAUUCGAAGAUAAUGGUGAACUGAUUGUGGCAAAGCGAUCUAGUAUCAGAUCAAUUACCGAAGAUAAAGCAAUUGUUGGUGUAGGUAGAAAACGUCGUAUAGCAACAGUCGAAGCUAAAGGAAGUUAUAGUCAAUGUAAUGUUAUGUAUGAACAAAUGACAUCAGAUGAAUCCAACGUCACAAAUGAACAAGAAGAUAUUUUUGAUCAAUCAAAUGAAUCAGAGGAAGAUGGCUCAUUAAGUGACGACAACAAUCAAAAUCAAAUACAAAUACACUUACCAUUAACACAAAAAAGAAAGUUGUCUUCGUUAAUAAUGGAUGAUAGUGAUGAAGAUUAUUUUUAUCGUCUUUUAGAAGAAUCUGACGACAAUUUACCUAUAUUGAAACAGGAAUUAACAACAAAUCAAAGUUGUUGUUUAUUUUCAGUGCAUGUUCUAUAUCAAACAUUCGAUAGCAUGACCAAUUCCAUUGUACAAAAAUUUGAAAAAAAACUGGAAGUUUUUAGUAAAAAAAUUGAUCAACUACUUCCAAAUUCAGUUGAUCAAGGCUUAAAUUUAUACAGAGACAAGGACGAGGUUUUUCGUUUGACUGUUAUGUAUAAUGGUAAAGAUCUAUUAACAACACGUGCUAGAGAUAUAUAUGAUUUCGCUCGGCAAACUUUACGAAUAUUAUUCACACCAAAAGAAUUGAACGAAUGUAUUUUGCCACCAGGUAGAAAACAUUUAGCACGACCUGCAUUAGAUGCAGAACGAUUCGAUAAAUUUCACGAAGCCGUUCGCGUCAAAUAUCAUAUAUCAGCAUUACAUUAUGAUUCCUGUUAUUCAAAGUUAAUUAAACCACGAUUAUCUGACUUUUUAUGUGAUGAACGAAAACGACAAGCGAAAGCUCUCGUACAAUCCUCAACAGCAGCAGAAAACACAUUUCAAGCUCUUCAAUAA